CAAAUGAAGUCCCCCUUGGCCACGCCCCUUGGCCACGCCCCCAGGGAAACCUUCCUCUUGCCUUGGUCAGAGUGACAUUCCAGGUACAGGCGCCUGAGAGAGAAGCAGCAGCAGCAGCAGGUGACUGCCCAGGAAAACAUCUGCUGAAGAAAUGUGGACCAACCCUAUGAGUCAAGCUAAAAUCGGCCACUGGGUUUCGCUUUGGUUUGCCCUGGCAGCUUUAUGGCCUACUUCUGGUGCUCAGGAGAAUAUCAACUGGGAAAUUCAGCGUUAUGAUGGCUGGUAUAACAACCUUAUGCAUCACAGGCACAACUCUGCAGGAUCGCUUUUGUCGCGAUUGCUCCCUGCCAACUACGCCGACGGGGUGUACCAGGCCUAUCAAGAACCAGCAGUGCCCACAGCCCGUAAGCUCAGUAAUGUGGUGGCCCAAGGGGACUCCGAAUCCCCUUCUCAGGGGAACAGAACUGUGCUGAGUGUCUACUUUGGUUUUCAUGUUGUCUCCGAGAUCUCAGAGGCCAUCAAGCCCGGCUGCCCGGCUGAAUUCCUCAAUUUGCCCGUCCCCAAAGGAGACCCCGUGUUUGACCCCACAGGCUCAGGAGAUGUAGUUUUGCCCUUCCAGCGCAUGCAGUGGGCCCCAGGCACGGGACGAAGCCCCAACAAUCCCCGCGAGCAGAUCAAUGGUGUCACAGGUUGGUUGGACGGCAGUGCCAUCUACGGCCCAUCCCAUUCCUGGAGUGAUUCUUUGAGGAACUUCUCGCGAGGAAAGCUGGCUGUUGGAUCUGACCCACUCUUCCCAAAGCAGACCAAACCAAAUAGCUUGAUGUGGAAGGCUUUGGAUCCGUCCACAGGACAAGGCGGGACUGAAGGGAUCUUUGACUUUGGAAAUGCUAAAGGAAACGAAAACCCCUUCCUGCAAGUGAUUGGCAUUGUUUGGUUCCGCUACCACAACCACUGGGCGGAAAUACUUGCCAAAAAGAACCCCAAAUGGUCUGACGAAGACGUCUUCCAACAUGCCCGCAAAAGGGUCAUUGCCACUUAUCAGAACAUUGUGCUGUACGAAUGGUUGCCAGCAUUCCUGGAGAAGGAAAACAUUGCACCUUAUGGAGAUUACAACCAGCACGUGGAUUCCAGGAUCUCUCCUGAAUUUCUGGUGGCUUCCUCUCUCUCCUUGGGCACAAUGGUCCCAUCUGGGGUCUACAUGAGGGACACGAACUGCAAUCCCCGAAAUGUGCUUAACCUGGAGGGAAACCAUUCUGCAGCGCUCCGCCUCUGCAACCACUACUGGAGCCGAGGAAGUGUCAAUCUCCAGAUAUCUAAGGAUGUGGACGAUUUGCUGCUGGGGAUGAGCUCUCAGAUCGCUGAGCAAGAGGACAACCUUGUGGUUGAAGAUCUCCGAGAUUACUGGUAUGGGACAGUGAAGUACUCCCGCAUGGACUUUGUGGCCAGCUGGAUUCAGCGAGGACGUGACCUUGGGUUAUCCACUUACAAUAAAUACAGAGAGUUCUUCAAACUCCCCCCUGCAAAGGAGAUCCCUCGGGAGAAUGAAACGCUUUUUGAGGAGGUAGCAGCCAUGUAUGAUGGCAACCUGGACCACCUGGAACUAUCUAUUGGAGGCCUCUUGGAAACGAAUGGAACCCUUUUCCACGCAAUCAUCGAGGACCAGUUUCUCCGCUUACGGGAUGGUGACCGUUUCUGGUUUGAGAACAUCAAGAACGGAUUAUUCUCUGCUGACGAGGUUAAAGAAAUUAAAGCGACUACGUUCGCCAACGUCCUUGCUGAUGUCACCUAUGCGAAUUCGAGUAAUCUUCAAGCAAAUGUGUUUCAAAAGGGGGCUGAUGCUCCGUGUCAGAGGCUUACCUGGCCAGUGAAUCGACAGCAGUUGCCCCACUGUGUGCAUCUAACCAUCCUGGAUUAUUUCAAAGGGAGUGGCGCCGGAUUUGGGAUCCUCAUCACUGCCUUAUGCUGCUUGCCUCUAGUAAGUCUGUUUGUCGCCUGGGUUGUUGCCAUCUUCCGGAGGAGAAAUUUCAAGAAACUGCAAAAGAAGCAAACCCCUUCUGACCGGACAGAGGUCAACGUGGAUGGAGUCCAAGCCUUUGAAUGGCAAGACUCCAAGACCCCGAGUUGCCCUGUCUAUCUGCAAUUGCAUGAAGGCAGGUUGAUCAAGGUUUUCGACAGCAAGUUGUCGGUGCUUCGGACCAUCACUCUGAAAAGCCAACAGCCGCUGGAGACUAUCUUGUCUAACAACAAAGGCAACAAGACUUUGCUUCUGAAAAUCCCUAAAGAAUAUGAUCUGGUGUUGAUGUUCAAUGGCGAGGUGGAGUGCAAGGACUUUCUUGGCCAGCUGAAAACCUAUCUGGAGAGAAGUGGACUUUCUCUCCACAUUUCAGAGAUGAAACAGCAACAGCUGCUCCAGAAAGCAGUGACCAAGAAGCAGAGGAAGGACAUCCUGGAGAUUUUCUUCCGGCAGUCCUUUGCCCAGGUUCUUGACAUUGACAGAUUAGACGCUGGGGAGCUGAGCCUGGAGGCUUCGCAGAAAGCCAAAGAAGCGCUCAAGUCGGAGCUGAGCCGGGCGGAGUUUGCGGACGCUUUGGGCCUCAAGUCCCAGUCCGUGUUUGUGGACUCCAUGUUCUCUCUUGCGGACAAAGACGGCAAUGGAUACCUCUCCUUCCGGGAGUUCCUGGACAUCUUAGUGGUCUUUAUGAAAGGAUCGCCGCAGGAAAAAUCCAAGAUGAUGUUCCAAAUGUAUGACAUAGAUGGGAAUGGCUUCCUUUCCAAAGAUGAAUUCUUUAGGAUGCUGAGAUCCUUCAUUGAAAUCUCUAACAACUGCCUCUCGCGGGAUCAGACUGAGGAAGCCAUUGAGUCCUUGUUCCGGGAGUCCGGAUUCCAAGAUAAGGAGGAACUCACCUGGGAAGACUUUCACUAUAUGUUGCGGGACCACGACAAUGAACUUCGCUGCACACAGCUCUGUCUGAAAGGCGUUCCAGACCGACUGAGACAAAAUGCAAUCAAUCGCAUCUCGUUCUUACACAGAAGUAGAGAAAACGGUGAAAUCCUAAACCACGACACACCCCCGAUUCCAGAGGGCGAGGCUCCUUCUGGAGAAAACCAGGGUCAAGACCUGCGGAAGAGACCGGUCAAAAAGCCCUCUUUCCCGAAGCCCUUUGUGUACACCGAGGCCCGAAGGGAGCGGUUCCAGAGAAGCAAGGUCCACCUGAAGAUCCAGCAGUUCAAGCGCUUCAUUGAGAAUUACCGGCGCCACAUCAUCUGCGUGGUGAUAUUUUCCGCCAUCACCAUGGGCGUCUUUGUGGAGAGGGCAUACUAUUAUGGCUUUGCAUCUCCACCGACGGGGAUUGCGGACACAACCUUCGUCGGCAUCCUCAUCUCUCGUGGGGCGGGCGCCAGCAUCUCCUUCAUGUACUCCUUCAUCCUGCUCACCAUGUGUCGCAACCUCAUCACUUUUCUACGGGAAACCUUUUUCAAUCGCUACAUCCCCUUUGACUCUGCUGUGGAUUUCCACCGUUGGAUUGCAACAGGCGCUCUCAUCUUCUCAGUUCUGCACACUUUGGGCCAUGUUGUGAACGUCUACAUCUUCUCCGUCACUCCUCUCAGUAUCUUGUCCUGCCUCUUCAGCAAUGUCUUUGUGAAUGAUGGGUCACAAUAUCCUCCCAAAUAUUAUUGGUGGUUUUUUGAAACAGUCCCAGGCAUGACCGGGGUGCUACUUUUGGUCAUCCUCGCCAUCAUGUAUGUCUUUGCAACUCACCACUUCAGGCGAAUUAGCUUCCAGGGCUUCUGGAUCACCCAUCAUCUUUACGUCCUUCUCUAUAUCCUGGUCAUCAUCCAUGGCAGCUAUGCUCUGAUUCAGCAGCCCCGCUUCCAUAUUUACUUCAUUGUCCCAGCCCUUCUCUAUGGAGGAGACAAACUCCUCAGCUUGAGCAGGAAGAAAGUGGAAAUUGCUGUGGUGAAGGCAGAACUGCUCCCCUCAGGUGUGACUAACCUUCAGUUCCAAAGGCCCCAGGACUUUGAAUACAGGUCUGGGCAGUGGGUUCGGAUUGCUUGCCUGUCCCUGGGGACCAAUGAGUACCACCCCUUCACCCUGACCUCUGCCCCCCACGAGGACACCCUGAGCCUCCACAUUCGGGCGGCUGGGCCUUGGACAACCCGCCUGCGAGAACUCUACUCCCCUGAAAGCAUUGCGGAAAUUGGCAAAUAUCCAAAGUUGUACCUCGAUGGGCCUUUUGGAGAAGGACACCAGGAAUGGAACAAAUUUGAGGUCUCGGUGCUUGUGGGAGGAGGCAUUGGGGUGACACCCUUUGCAGCCAUCCUCAAGGAUCUUGUCUUCAAGGCUUCGGUUGGCUCCAGGAUCCUGUGUAAGAAGAUCUAUUUUAUUUGGGUCACCCGGACACAGCGGCAGUUUGAGUGGAUGGCUGACAUAAUCCGCGAGGUGGAAGAGAACGAUAAAGGCGAUCUGGUCUCUGUGCACAUUUACAUCACACAGCUGGCUGAGAAGUUUGACCUGCGGACCACAAUGCUGUACAUUUGUGAGCGGCACUUCCAGAGGGUCCUCAACCGGAGUUUGUUCACAGGCCUGCGCUCCAUCACCCACUUUGGCCGGCCACCAUUUUUCCCGUUCUUCUGCUCGUUGCAAGAGGUCCAUCCUGAGGUGAAGAAGAUAGGUGUCUUCAGUUGUGGUCCACCAGGUAUGACAAAGAACGUGGAGAAGGCUUGUCAGAAGAUCAACAAGCGCGAUCAGACCUAUUUUAUUCACCAUUAUGAGAACUUUUAACUCUUUUUUUCAAAGCUCUGGUGAAUUCCCAGGUUCAAAGGGUCUGUUAGUGUUCAAUAUGUAUUCUUCAUCUCCCAAGACUGAUGCUUGGCCAUGCUGGGAUGGACUAGGAACAUGGCUGCCGGGCUCUGCAAUUAGGUUUCUCAGUUGUUAAACUGAUGUACCUAGGCAUGUCUUUGAACUGUUAGGGAUAAAGAUAUGCCAAUGCAUAAAACACACACAUAUGUAUAAUAGCAGAGUUUCAGAACUGUUCUUUUAGUUGCCCAAAAAAUAUCUACUUUGCCUUAAAACCUCUCAAAAAUUAGCAGACUGCUUUAAAAGUUGCACAGUUGGUUUACUCACAAACUUCAUAUAUUCAGCAUACAGGUGCUUUGCAUAUCAAUCCAGUUACAGAUCGGAUUUGAAGCAGUUUCUCUGUUUAGGUAACACAGGACAUCUUUUUUAUUAUCUUAACAGUUCAUAAUAAUAAUAAAACUUUAUUUAUACCCCAACACCAUCUCCCCAAGGGGACUCGGAGCGGCUUACAUGAGGCCAAGCCUGACAACAGAUCAAUAAAACAAAAAACAAUUAGCAAAAACAAUACAAUUAAUAUAACUCACAUGUAAACAAGGAUUUAAAACCUAUGGUCAGGCCAAAUGUGAUAAUUUAAAAUUUAAAAAAUAAACGCUCGGUAUCUCUCUGUUCUGAGAGUCUGAUAGAGUCUCUGUCUAGUCUGAAAGUCCAGUGGAGUUUGUACAGCCUGAGAGUCUGAAAGCAUACAUCUGUUUCUACAUUGAAGUCUCUAAGCAUACAGUUCCUACUGAAGUCUAAAGCAUACUGGGUUGCCGUGAGUUUUCUGGGCUGUACGGCUAUGUUCCGGAAGCAUUUUCUCCUGACGUUUGCCCACAUCUAUGGCAGGCAUCCAGGCUCUAACAGACCUCUCAACCUCUGAGGAUGCAUGCCAUAGAUGUGGCUAAAAUGUCAGGAGAGAAUGCUUCUGGAACAUUGCUAUACAGCCCGCAAAACUCACAGCAACCCAGCCAUGAAAUCCUUUGACAACACUCUAAAGCAGUGUUUCUCAACCUGGGGGUCGGGACCCCCGGAGGGAUCACAAGGAGGUGUCAGAGGGGUCACUCAAGACCACCAGAACACAGUAUUUUCUGUUAGUCAUGGAGGUUCAGUGUGGGAAGUUUGGCCCAAUUCAAUCGUUGGUAGGGUUCAGAAUGCUCUUUGAUUGUAGGUGAACUAUAAAUCCCAGCAACUACACCUCCCAAAUAUCAAGAUUCUAUUUUCCCCAAACUCCACCAGUGUUCAUAUUUGGGUAUAUUUCGUGCCAAGUUUGGUCCAGAUCCAUCAUUGUUUGAGUCCACAGUGCUCUGUGGAUGUAGGUGACUACAACUCCCAAAACUCAAGGUCAAUGCCCACCCAACCCUUCUGGUAUUUUCUGUUGGUCAUGGGAGUUCUGUGUGCCAAGUUUGAUUCAAUUCCAUCAUUGGUGGAGUUCAGAAUGCUCUUUGAUUGUAGGUGAACUAUAAAUCCCAGCGAUUACAACUCCCACAGGACAAAAUCAAUACCCUCCCCCAAUCCCACCAGCAUUCAAAUUUAAGUGUAUUGGGUAUUUGUGCCAAAUUUUGUUCCAGUGUAUGAAAAUACAUCCUGCAUAUCAGAUAUUUACAUUACUAUUCAUAACAGCAGCAAAAUGACAGUUAUGAAGUAGCAAUGAAGCUAAUUUUAUGGUUGGGGGUCACCAUAACAUGAGGAAGCGUAUUAAGGGGGUCGUGGCAUUAGGAAGGUUGAGAACCACUGCUCUAAAGCUUACUGUUUCUAAAAUGGAGUCUGAGUCCUGAACAAGCCCAGUUCUGAUCACGUGCUCUGCAGCCCCUCCGACAACAUAGAGUUAAGGAAAACUGCAAACCAAUACACACAUAGACAACACAGUAAGCAAUCUGAAUUAUAUACAUAACCAAAUAACUUGUGGAGGCUUGAGAAAGUUGUUAUUUCCAACACGAUAAAAAGUCCCCUUAUAUGGGUCUUAAAAAUACAAGAACAAAACCUGUUCCAGAAUAUCUGGCUGACUUUCGUCGGUAUCCAGCAAUGGAACACAAACCUCACAAAGAACUCUGAUUUCCUUGAAAGUCAAUUAGAAUAUACAAUAUAAAUGGCUUCUUUUUGUCAUAUUUUUAGCAGCAGCUUUUAUAGGUUGUAUUAUAGAUUAUAUUCAAAGUUUGUUCUUGGAAGAAGAUGAAUUGAUGCCUUGUUGGUGAAAGCAGGGACCGGAACGUGUUCUUGCUGGACUCAACUGCUUUCCGAGACUGGGCUUGGCAACACUUAAUGUGUAUCCCUCUGCUUCAAAGACUAGUUCGCUUUGGAUUUUGUUCAUCUCUUAACCCAGUUGGUAUUUUGUUUCAGCUGUAUUUUUGAAUAUGCUAUUAAAGAUAAUCCUUUAAACUAAA